AUGACAUAUAUUUAUGAAAUUUCAACUGAGUUCUUGACACUCUUAAGAAAAAAUAUCAUACAAAGUAUUAGAGAUAUUCUUGAUUUGAAAUCACUCAUCUUGACAUAUUGUUUGAACAAGAUAUUCAAAGUAAGUCUAAUUCACACAGAACUUAAUAAGCAACAGACUACUGAAUUGAAGAACCUUCUCAAUAUUAAUAAAUACUGCAAAGUUAAAACAAUCCAUCACCAGGUUCAAGUAGAGGAAGUCCUCACUAUUAAAGAUGUCAAUAGAAAAAUCAAGCAGUGUAAGAAUAAUGAAGCUGAAAAAGAGAAGGAUAAGAAGCAAUAG